AUGGAUGAAUACGAAAAGUACCGACAAGAGUACGAGGUGGCACGUGAAUCCAUGGUGAGUUUCACUUAUCACGAUGAUUUGCUUGAGCUGGUGUGGGAAGAUGGUGACGUUGUUGUACGAGGAGGUUCAUCAAAUAGAUCACAAAGGACUAACGAGGAUAGAGUGUGUGAAGGUGCCAGCAUUAGAAAAAGAACAAGGUUGAACCCUUUAUACUCGCUUGAAGAUCACUUUCCCCUUCUAAAGGAAUCUGACACGAGCUCUUCACAUCAAAGCAAUGGCCAAGAUUCGCGUGAAUCCUCCCAAACUAAGAAUUCCUGCAAGCUUAACGAAGAAUUUGAAAACUUACUGAGACCAGUAAAAGACUCUAAGCCUGUUACCCCAGGCUACAGCCUCUUACAACAGCGCUUGCCUUCAUCUCCUCUCGAGAAACAUAGAACAGAUUCAACCCAAACACCACCACCAGCAAACACACGGAAUAUGGGGUUUGAUCAAAGAACAGCUAAAGUGAACUUCUCCAAUUUUUCAAUACCUGCAGUGUUCGUCAAAUCUAUUACUUGUAAGGGAAACAGUGCAACUCAGCAGGCAAAAUAUCAUUCAUCUCCAGCAAAAGUGGAGGAGAUUGAGGCGCGCAAGGUUGAGAAAUCAGCUGAAGAAUCACAAGUGCUUCGAAAGCAAACAUCCUUAACUGUUGAAAGAAGUGCAAACCCACCCCCACCCCUUGAUGAGCACUCUGAAGCUGUUGGUCUUGGAAUUCACAGAUACCAAGGUCAACUACCUUGUGACCAAACUCCAGUCUCAGAAGCACAUAAAGAAAAGGAAAAAGCUUAUAACAAUAAUAAAAAUAAUAAUACCGUGUGUCGAGAACCGUUCCUGGCAUCUUCUUCUGUGUGCUCUCUUGGAGCCUCCAACUACCCAAACCUUGGUAUCAGGAAACAUGAGGACACUGAUGACUCGAAUGAUGAAGAGCCUGAAGAUACGUUAAAGCAAGAUAGGGAGGGUAGCAGAGUCAAGAGAAGCAGGAAUCCUGAGGUUCAUAACUUAUCUGAGAAGAAGCGAAGAGAAAAAAUCAACAAGAAGAUGCGUACAUUGAAAGAGCUCAUACCCAAUUGCAAUAAGGUGGACAAAGCAUCAAUGCUUGACGAUGCCAUCGACUAUCUGAAGACUCUAAAGCUUCAGUUACAGUGCUAUGUAUAUGAAAUGAUGCAGAUGAUGUCAAUGGGAAAUGGUUUAUGGCCGCUUAUGAUGCUACCUGCUGCCGCGGCGCAUCACAUGAAUGGACCAUAUUUACCUCAGUUAGUGGGAGCUGGAAUGGGAUUCCGGCCACCACAGGUUCCUAUGCCACCACUUUCUGCUAUUACAGACAACAUAUGUCGUCAGAUGUUUGGUUUCCCCAACCAAACACCGCCUAUGCCAAUGCCUCAUGCACCUUUCUUCCCCAUCAUUGGAAAUUCUCCCACACGACCACACUUGGCUACCACCACCACCCCUACCACCGACUUGGCACAACGUCUUGCUAAAUCUGCUGCAUCUGUCUCACUCCCCAACAUCAUGGACCCUCUUGAAAAUGCAACACAACUCCAGAAUCAGGUUUCCUUUCAACACCGCGGCACUAGUACCCCACUAGCUACCCCUUUCAUUUUUUCACCCAAGUAG